AUAAAUGUAAAAUAAAAACUGUAAAUUUAUAGCAUGUUUUUAUUACUGGUUUGCCCAAUAAUAUUUUUAUUACAUAAUAUUUCAAUAACAAAUCCUUUAAAAGAAAUAUUAGACGAAGAAAACAAUAAUGCCACGAACGGAGAGAAAUUUAUUCAAGAAAUUAUUGAUGGCAAAAAACCAACCGAUCGACCAGAAAACCUAAUUUUUACUGCUCCUUUUAAAAUUUGUAAGGGAGAAUGCCCAUCAAAUGUUAAUAAUUUCAUAAUGAUAUUCCCAAUUCACGUUGGAUUGAAAAGAAGUCAAACGGUGUAUAAAUCUCUCUACCCCAGAGACGACGAAAAAAGGUUCUCAACAGAAAAUAAUGCUCCGUUUAGAAAAAGUACCACAAGGCACCCUUACACAAGAUGUCCUAUUCCUACCACAGCAUCUGAUGAAAUAUUAAGAGAACCAACAACAAUCUUCAUAAUGCUAUUAAGUUGCUAUAAAGUUCAAGCGGCAUUACCCUGGGAACAUUGGUCAUGGUCGAUGCCUCAAGCACCCAUUGAGCAUUUCUUUCGAAGAUAUGAAAAUAAUAUGAUGCCAAUUAAAACACCAAGUAUUCAGUGCGAAUGUCCACCAAAUAAAGAAUGUAAUAUGGAGUUCGAAAUCAAUAAAAAUAUAAUUUACUUUCAAAAUCUGAAGGGUAUUAUUAAAGACAGUGAAUUGAUGCAGUUAAAAGAAGGUUUUAAUGAAAACAUAAAUCGAAGAAGUAAUAAUGGAAAAAUAACGUAUAAUGAAACAGUAAUAUUAAAUAGAAAAAAAAGACUCAGCGAUGUUAUAUUAGAUUCAAAAGAAUUAACUAGAGAUUGUUGUUGCCCGACAAAAAUUGUUAAAAUUCCUGCUUUUAUAACUAAUAAGAAGUUUGACGGAGUUAUUGAAAGAUUAAACAAAAAAGGACCAUAAUGAAGUACUUCGACUCCGAUUAAUCUGUUAUAAUAUAUGUAUAGAUUUGAAUUGAAAAUCAAGAGCCUUUAUUUUAAGUGGUCUACAUUAUUGCUUCCUUGUAGUAUGUUUAUAUCGUUAUUGUGUUUAAAUGCAAUUUUGUUUUUUUUUG